ACCAAUUUACCAAUACCUAUCAAAAAUUCGUUGAACUUUUGAGGUGGUCUUGUUCAUUAUUUUAUUUUCUAUUUAAAUCGUUCUAAGAAUGAGUGAAUUAACAUCAACCAAUUUAUUUGAGUCUCAAACAAUUAUCGCUGAUCAUAAAGACCUUAUUCACGAUGUAGCGUACGACUUCUACGGGGAAAGAAUGGCCACUUGUUCCAGUGAUCAGUACGUAAAGGUGUGGGAUGCAGAUGGUCAAGGUGGGUGGAGGCUCACAGCAAGCUGGAAGGCGCACCAUGGCUCUGUCUGGAAAGUGACAUGGGCACACCCUGAGUUUGGACAGGUCUUAGCUACAUGCUCCUUUGACAGGACUGCCGCCAUAUGGGAAGAAGUUGGAGACACAACAGCAUCUGGGUCAGAAAAGGGUCUCCGCACGUGGGUGAAGAGGUCCAACCUCGUGGACUCCAGGACCUCAGUCACAGAUGUCAAAUUUGGUCCCAAGCACUUGGGACUGCUUCUGGUCACAUGCUCAGCUGAUGGUAUUAUAAGGAUAUACGAAGCACCAGAUGUGAUGAACCUAGCGCAGUGGACGCUCCAACACGAAAUACCCACAAAAGUCUCCAUCAGUUGUUUGUCAUGGAACCCCUCCUUGUCAAGAAGUAACUCCAACCCGCCGAUGCUGGCGGUGGGCAGCGAUGAGCCCAACAUUGCGAGCGCGACGGGCACGCAGAGCGACAAGGUGGCUUGCAGCGAAAAGGUCUUUAUUUAUGAGUAUAGUGAGUCAUCGCGGCGCUGGACUCGGACGGAGUGCCUCCCGUCCGUGACGGAGCCGGUCAACGACCUGGCCUUCGCGCCCAACCUGGGCCGCGCCUUCCACCUGCUCGCCGUCGCCACCAAAGACGUGAGGAUCAUCAAACUCGAGCCCUUGCCUGAAUCGUCCAGCACAACAAACGGCGGCAACAUCCGGUUCAAAACGGAAGUGAUGGCAGCCUUCGAAGAGCACUGCUCUUGCGUGUGGCGGGUGUCGUGGAAUGUUACUGGCACGCUACUCGCCUCUUCUGGCGACGACUGCUGCGUACGACUGUGGAAGAUGCAAUACAUGAACCAGUGGAAGUGCGUGGCGGUUUUUAAGAGCGACUCAGCGGGCGGCGAGUCAACCGCGCCUCAAAGAACGCACACAACCUACACGCGGCUAGCGGCCAUGGCCAACCCGGCGCAUAUGCCCUACCACUGACACCGGCUUCGCAGGGUGGGCGGUCCAACUCGCAAGGAAAGUGUAAAAAUGUUUGUCAGCAUAGACUGAAUACUAUAGUGAUCUCCGAAAAAACUGUGUCUCGUGUUCAAAUUGUUUCUUAACUUAAUAUUUUGUAAGCAGCUGGAAACGGGUUAUGUCGAUUUUCUAAAGAAAAAUCCCUGGACCCUGAAUCCUGAUUCUAUAUGACAAAUAUAGAUUCAAGACUGACUCUUGUCAUGAGGGUUUUAUCAGUGUCCCUGAUUAUACUCUAUCCACUGAAAGAAGUUAGGAUUUAUACAAUACAACAUCCCAUGCAAAGAUAGAGACAAAAAUUUCAGCGGGCGUUAACCAUUUUGAGUCACCAACCAAUCACAAACUAAACUAUCUACUUAUGUUUUCGAAUUAAAUUUUGAAUGAUUUUUUGAAAACAUUUUCGAAUUAAAUUUAUAUUUUUUUGAAAACAUGUUUGUGAUUGCCCACUAAGAUUUCUGUCCUUGUCAUUUGUAUGGGAUUACGUAACAGGGAGAGCGCUAUACUAACUUCUUUCCGUGGAUAAAGUGGUCUUUUGUUGUCUGACUAGUUCGAUAAAACUCAUGAUUAUGUGCCCAGACAGCGAAUAAAAAUAUGGCACUUUUUCAUAAUUUUGUUAGAAUUUUCGUAAUUUGUUAAAAUAAAUUAUAAUUCAG